AUGUCGACGCCGAAUAGACGCUCAGACAAUGAGCCGAAACGAGCAGCCAACGCCUGCCAACGAUGCCGACACAGCAAACUAAAAUGUUCGGGGAGUCAACCGUGCGAUCGUUGUCGAAGGAGAAACAAGGAAUGUAUAUUCGAUGACAAGGAGAAACGAGUGGUAGUGACUGAGAGCUAUCUUGACACACUACGCCGGGCCGCCCAGGCCGUUGAGGAGACAGACCUGCACGAGUCAAUGAUGGCAUCAGAUGCGGGCCUUGGACCUAACAUGGUGGAAGCGCCUGUGUCUGAGAGAAACCUCGAUACCGCAGAAUCUGUUGAUCCAGUCACACAAAGAGAAGCACCUUCAUUUUUCUUACGAAAUCGGCCAAACAAACGAAGGAGGUGGUUAUAUCUGGGGACCUCCUCAACAUGGUCGUUUAACAUACGCGCUGUCUCAAUCAUCCAGGAACAUUUGCCAGGUGUUGGUACCGACGAAGACAACGCGUUUAGUCUGGACGGUGAUGCCUAUAACUUUUCAUGGAAGCAUGUAGGCCCAGAGGAGAAGCCUGACCUCAGUCGUCUCCCGUCGUUGGACUUUGCCAUCUACUUGACCAACACAGUCAAGUUCCACCUGGGAGGUCUUCUACGACUCUUUGACGAAGAAGACUUUUUGAAGCAACUCCACGAGUUCUAUGCUGAAGCACCGGAAAAGGUCGGCAGUUCUCGUCUGUGGUAUACUCAGUAUUUGCUCGUUCUCGCAUUUGGCAAGGGCUUUCUGAAUAGCAACAAGACUCUCGGAGCCUUGUCGGGCUCCGAAUUCUUCACCAGAGCCAUGUCUGUGCUCCCCAACACCUCGGAAUUGCAUGAAGAGCCCGUGUUGGCAGUCGAGGUUCUCGCACUGAUUGCGUUAUACUUUUACUGUCUCGACAUGAGACAAACGGCCUACUCAUAUAUCGGCCAAGCUCUUCGCAUAGCACUGGUGGACGGAAUGCAUACCAAUAUCCCAGUAGCUUUGCUAGGGGAGAAGCUCACUGAACGUUGCAGCAACGUCUGGUGGACAGUUUAUAUCUUGGAUCGCACACUAUCCUCAGCUGUGGGCGCGCCCAUUUCUGUCCACGACGACGACAUCAAGAGCAAAUUGGCUCCUCCUCAGCAAUCAUCUCAACGGUCUGCGACAUUAAUCCUCCAUGUCAAGCUGUCCCGCCUGAUUUCACAAAUUUUGAAUGAACUCUACAGUGCGGAUGGUAGUCUCGAGGCAUCGUACCUGUCCAAGAUCCGAUCAGUCCUACGAAGAUUAGCAAGCAUCGCCGAGGAACUCGAAGGGACGAUCAACUUCAAGUUCAAAAGCUCCCUCGAAACAUUAUCCAAAGGGGCCACCCACCUUCGCCUAUUAUAUCAUCAAUGCAUUAUCCUUGCAAUUCGACCACUCCUAUUGUGCCUGCUACAGGAGCGCUUGAAAUCCUCGAGCGAAGGCAAUGAGACCCAGAGCUUAACAGCAUCGAUUAGAGACCUACUCCAGACAUGUGCAGAUUCUGCGACUAAGACAUUGGCCAUCCUUUCAGCAUUGACGGAGAACAACAUGUUGGAUAACUUUCUCCCAUUUGACCUCGAGUUUGCAUCCUCGGCCGCUUCAGUCCUGAUUAUUCUCGACGACGUCUUGAGACUCGUGGCUGUAGGACCGAGCGUGAAACGGAGAGGAAGUCGUAUACUGUCGGACAUGAAACAGCGAGGCAGCGUUCCGGCCCAAUUACGACAGAAAGAGCUGGAUCGGUUGAAUCGUCUUGCCAGACGGCUCUCCGAACGACGACUUUCUAAUAUCUCUACAGGAGGGAGACCUCGAUUUGGAAGCAAUGACCGCCCUCAAACUGUUAGUGGUGGCGCCGUACAGGACCUACAGUAUCCUCUUGAUUCAAACAGCGGAACCGCGAGUGCAUUCGACCCUCGGCUCGAGAACUCGUUACAAGAUCAAAGUGGAAGUAUCGGUGGAGUACCUUCUCAACCACUUGGAUUCUCCUCACCGACGCAGACACAUGGUGCUACGCCUCUCGAUUUGAUAUCUCCAGAUCUCGCAGAGCAUUUUGAGCUGUCCCAGGAGCAUAUGUUGUUCGUGGCCGACCAGCUAAAUGCUGACGCUGAUGAUGCCUUGUUCUUCUCCAACAUGGAUUUCACUGGGUCAGGCGAUAUGGCCGGCACAGGAGGGAACUGGCUCUGGAGUAGUUUGACUUGA